CACGUACCUGUGAUUUUCACCGGUAAACUCUCAACCUCAAGUGAAUAUAUCAUGUGCAGCUUUGCGUGAAACAGAUUUCCUUCUGUUUUUUUAAAAACAAAUAUAUAUAUAAAAAAAGAUCUUUUUAUCUCGAGAUAAUGUCAUGUUGUUAUUUUUACGUGAAUAGUACAAAGUGAGAAUAAAAUUUUUUUUGGCAAUUUUGAAAUCCAAUCGUAUUUAAAGAAGAAUUUGUCAUGUCUACAAAUCCACCGAGUAUUGAAGAAUUCUUUAAAGAAAAAGUUCGUGGUAAUCUGACGACAAUUACGUGGAAACAUGCUGUUAACAAUAAGGCGCUUUUAAACAGUUCUUUAGCAAGCACAGAUGUCAUGAUGCUGGAGGCUGACGUUGUCUUGGGAAAUUUACAGACCAACAUGACAAAAUUAAUGCCAAUUAUGGCUCAUCCACCAAAUACCACCAGCGAUCUAUCACUCGAGGAAUUCAUCGAAAUUGUUCUUAAAAAUGGCACCAAGGGCAUGAAACUUGACUUCAAAUCCAUUGAGGCCUUUAAUCAGAGCGUCGAAAUUCUUAAGAAAUUCAAACCAAAUAUGAAGGUACCAGUUUGGAUUAAUGCAGAUAUUCUCAUGGGUCCUGUUAAUGCAACAGAAGAACAAGCAAAACCUGUCGAUGCCAAACAAUUUCUAUCCACAAUUGUCAAAGAUUUUCCAGAAUUUGUCAUAUCUGUUGGAUGGGUCACUAAAUACGGAACGAAAUACAACAUCAAAACGGGAAAUUACACAACACAUCAGAUUGAUGAUAUGUUAAAAACUCUAAAGGACAAUCAUAUGAGUCAAAAUGUGACCUUUGCGGUUAGAGCUGGUUUAGCAUUAAAUAGUAUCGACGCAAUGGAGAAACUUGUCGCUAAUAAUACUAAAGCAACAUUGACGAUUUGGUCCAGUGAAGGCGAUGAGGUCAAUGGUGACAAACUUACGAAUUUAAUCACGAAAAUUGGAUUUGACAAAGUAUUUAUCGAUGUGCCAGAAAGUGUUUGGAAAACUUUGCACUUUAAUAAACCGAAACCUGGUUCAUCGAAUUAUCUUACUUCAAAUGUUAUUUUAACCUUUGCGACUACAAUCUUGUCAUUUUUACUUGUCACCCGGAUGCUGUGAAGAUAAUGUGUUUUAGUAAAUAAGUAAAAUUCACACAUAAAAUGAAAGAUGCAGGUGAAGGUUUAAGUUUGCUGAUGAUAUGAACACUGCAUCGUGGCAACGUCAGUUUGCAGAAUAUGCGAAGGCUUUUUUUAAAUGCCUUCAAAAGAAAAAACGAAUAUUUCCUGCAGUAUUUUUCUUUCUUUAAAAAAAAAAAAAUCUUUCAAUUUUUAACUAACAAUAUAGAUUUGAUUUUUUGAAAUUUUAAAUUUCUUAAAUUUCUUUAGAUUAUUGCAAAAAAAAUAUUGUUAACUGUUAGUUAAAUUUUUUAUCAUUCUAUUUAAAAUUAAGUUCUUCCAUAUUAAAUGGUGCAGAAUCUCGUGUGCUUAAAAAAAAAAGGAAACAGUCGAAGAAUAAUUUUCUUUUUUUAAAAUAAUUGUUUCCUGCAAAAUAUAUCUACGUGUGCUUACAGUUUACAUUUAAAAUUCCUAGACACACUGGAAGAAAAAAUUUAUUUUAACUUCAGUAAUUAUUUGACAAGAAAUAAAUCACUUUUUCCAGUAAAUAUAGGUAAACUUUUCGUAUGUUUGUUCUUAUAAAGACAAAAUAGAAUUUAAUCUAAAGUGGGUCAUUUCAAUGAAAACAAAUUCAAUUUUCAAAACUCAUUUAACUUUUCCUUGUAAUUAAAUUUUCAAAUUUAAAUUAAAUAAAUUUUUUAGCUCGAAUUUGAAAGUUUAGUGAAUUAUCAUAAAAGUGUUAAAUAAAAAAAAAAAGUAAUUUAGAAAAUUUAAUAUUAAAAAAGAAUGUUUCGAGACGAAUAUAGUUGAGUCUACAUAAUAUGUAGUCACCUUUUUUUGUCGAGCGAACUUAUAUUUUUAAUAUUUGUGUCCGUGUUCAAAUUUUUCCUUAAAAACCCAUUUUCAACACACCAGAGACUUAUAGAAUUUAUUAAUAAUAAUAAUUAAGAUUAAAAUAGAUUUUAAGACAAAUAAUUGUGUAAUUAUCAACGAAUUCGUAAGGUUCCAUUUUUAGAUACUAUAAUAAAUAUUAAUGUAGAAAAAAAAGUGCCCUCCCCCCAAACCCUACCUGUUGUUAUUAUAAAUAAUGUUUCCUCCUUUUCGAGAAAUAUACAAUUUAGGAAUAAAUGAAUUUUGAACCUUACGAAUUUGUAACAACUGUCGUUAUAUAAAUAUUCCCAAGAAAAAAAAAACAAGUAAAUUCUUGAGUUUUGUUCAAAUGAAUAUAUUUGUCAAUCAACGUCCAAAAAUUUUUAUGUCAAUCCAUUAAAUUUUUGAAAAAAAAAAUUCAUUUUCAAUUGACUGAUGUGUUAAUAAACCAUUCCAACGAGAUAUUUAAAAAAGAAACAGAAAAAUAAUUUGCAACUGUUUUAAAUUAAACUUUUGCAUUUCAAUUGCAAUUUUACAUUAUUUUUGUACUUGAUUAUAUUACAUAGUGAUGACUAUUUUUUAAAAUAUUAUGAUUCAAAUAUAGAAUUUAGUUUGUAAGUUGGUUCAAUUUUCCAACAAUAACUCUGUUAUAUUAUUAAAAAUUAAUGAAAAAAGUAAAUUGUGAAAAAUUUCAAUAAUAUUUUAGUACUACAAUAUUAGUACUAUAAUAAAAAAACAUUAAAGCCAAAGGAUUCAGUAAAUGUCAAAUUAUUAACAACUGGACACACUGUGUUUGAUAUAAUAAAUAAAUAAAAAUCGUUUACGAAAA